GUUGUAUAGGAUUUCAUUAGGUGUUCCUAAUAAAGCGCUCGGUGAGUGUACGUUUAAGAAAUUACAUGAAUGCCUGAAAGUUAUAUUGCUGUUAUCUCCUCCAACCUUCCUGUGUCACUGACAGCAUCCCAGACUGAUACGCAUCUUUAGAUGUGUAGAUAUUCUGAAGAUGAGCUAUGGAUUUUUAAAGUUUAGAAACUAGGGUGCUUUAUAUUUGAUCCUCUGGUGUCUGUUUAAUCAUUUCUUAUCUUGCUAAUAUUUAAUCCAGUGAAUUAAUCCAGUAUAUUGAUGUUUUUUUUUAAAUGGCCACAUUCCUCCCGUCAUUGUCCUGUUAGUUAAAUAUUACAUUUUUUUAUCUCCAACAACAAACAAGCUGAGAUCUCUCUUUAUGCAGCGGACAAACAGGUACUUGGACAAGGCAGAGCGAGGUGUGUUACUACAAUGUCACGACCGCAGAGCUGUUUGCUCAUGUGACACUUUGAUAAGAUGUAGUAGAGAGAGGCCACGAGAGAGGAGAACUUAUGACUGGUGUCACUGUGGAAAAGCUCAAUGUACCUCCUCGGUCAUAGAUACAGCAGUGUGGAAACUUACUGUGUUGAUAACCAAACACACCACUGACAUGUAGCUUCAUGAAUAUUGCGAAAGGUCGUCAACGUGACUCAUAAGUUUUCUCAAUGAACGAUUUCUUUUUUUUUUUUUUCUCUGACAGCAGAGACAAUCCUCAUUAAUUAGUUUUUAUGGCUCAAGGUCAAACUCAUUUUAUCAGUGUUUUAGAGUCUGUAGAGCAGUUCACAGAUAAAGAUAUCAUGAGUUCAUGUGGUAUUAUUCACCGUCCAAGAAUCUAAGGAUCAGCCAAAACAUGCUUUAAAAUAGUUCUGAUAAUCCAGUCAACUAUAAAAACUUCAAAUAACUCUGACUGUGGCCAACUCUACAAGCGCAUUACGUGACAAGAGAGUUUCUCCCCAGAGACGCACUUUACAGUCUUUCUAUGGCAGCGUGUUUCCCUCCUGACGACGUGGCCUAUAGCAGCAGUCAGGUGCUCUGUGAGUCAGCGACCCAGCCGUAACAACUAACACACACACACACACGACGCCAUAUGAUGCCAACCUUGUCAUCGUUGACAAUGGCUGCAGCAGAUGGAGCGAUGCGGAGGAUAUCAGGUAUCAUCAUCAUCAUCAUCAGGUGUGGAAGGAUAACAGCUAGCUUUUCACCUGUCCUGUGCUGUACUGUACUCAUGACUGUCAUUGUCUCAGUAUGUUGUUUAUAAAGUGCUGAUGCAGGGUUUCCAGCAGACAGCUGUUAAGUGGAGGUGGUGUACUUGAAAAUGGUCCAGUGAGAGCAGAGGAUGCCAGUUAUGAGUCAGAGUAGUCCCUGUCUGUGGACUCGGCUCCCCCAGAGCAGCCAGUCCCCGUGCGACCGCUACAAGCACGCCUGCUGCAGCUACGAUGGAGACGUCUACAUCCUGGGAGGAAGAGAGAACAGCUGUCUGAAGGACUUCUGGAGGUACAGCGUGGUGUGUAACGAGUGGACAGAGUUGAGCUGCGCUGGUGAUGCUGCACCAGAAGAACUAGAGGAGCAUUCUAUGGUGGCUCAUGAGGGCUUUCUCUACGUGUUCGGAGGCAUGCUGGAUUCUGCGUACACCAUGUGGAGAAGUCCCCUCUGGGUGUUUGACAUCGCAAAGAAGAAAUGGGUUCAGUGUAAGGGAAAGACAAGCUCCCCUCAGACCCAAAUGCCAACCAACAGAAAAGGACACAGCGCCGUGGUGAUCGGCUCCUCUAUGCUGGUGUACGGAGGAUUCGUAGACAUGAAAGGAUCCUCGCAGGAAUUCUGGAGUUUGGAUUUCGAUACCAUGGCUUGGUCCCUGCUGACUGGUUGUCAGGAGGGCUCAGUAGGCCCAGGUCCCAGACACAGCCACUCCGCAAUGGCCCACCAGAGCUGCAUGUACCUGUUCGGGGGCUUGAAAGGCCUCCGGGAGCAGAGAGACUUCUGGAGGUGGAAUUCCACCAGCCACACAUGGAGUUCACUCAAAACCAAGUCCGGUCCCUCGAGACUGAUGGGCCACUCAGCUGUGGCCUACAGGGACUCCAUGCUUCUUUUCGGGGGAGGCGAGAGCCAGAACUCUCCGAACAACUGCCUGUGGAGGUACAGCUUCACCUCUCAGAGCUGGGGACAGGUGGCCACGCUCCCGGGCUCCAACCCUCCAGACAGGAUUCACCACUGCUGUGCCGGGCUGGGUCCCAGCUACAAGUCCAACACCAGCAGCCUCUGCUCCAGCCCGGGACUCCAACCCAGGCUGCAGGAGGGGAAGCCCAAGCCCUUCAAGAACAAGUGCUACCCAGCGCCGCUCACUUUCCUGGGGUCAGAGGGCGCUAUAGAGCUGGAGACGUUCAGCCCAGACAAAUGCUACGGUAGCAAAACACUAAGAGAUGUUUCAGAACUGGACAACAGCAAAGAGAGCUCGACGGGGAAAGACGCACAGCGGAUCGGAAACUGUUUGACGUUUGAGAACAAAGCUCUCAGGAAACAGUGGAGCUACACAGAGGAGGAACUAUUCGACCAGGAGGAUGGAGAUAUAUCCCAACAUCUGCCUGAUCUGCUGCUGGUGCUGGGGGGGAAACCGUGCACCAGACACCGACCUAUCUCUAUGUGGCAGAUGACCCUGACUGACUCUUAACAGUCUAUUAAGAACAAAACUUUUCUCCAUGUGAGAAGUAUGUAAAAAACAUCAGUGUUAUAUUAUCACUUUACCUUCAAUACAUCUCACGUUUACUGAUUUUUGCAGACAUUGUGAGACUGAAAAUAUCUAGAAAUAUAUAUUUUGAUGAUACUGUUACCUUUAUUUGGAGUUCUAGUGUGUAUUUAUAUGUUUUUCACACAUUUAUUUUGUCCAGUUUACAGUUUGUACAGUUAUUAAAGUAGUAUAUUGUUGAAAAAGCUCUUCUUUGUUGGUGUUUGGAGGUUUUAUAGACAUGAAAGGAUCCUCGCAGGAUUUCUGGAGUUGGAUUUUGUUGAGUUUAAAAUAACAUUUUAUUCUCAUAUAAAAAAAAUGUGCACAAGUAUGCUCACACUUGUUGUAACCACUCAUGAAAGGUGUGAUCAAAAAGGGGGAAAUCCAUUUUGCAGCCUCUCUCCAACCACUACACAACACCUCGAUAAGCUUCAAACAACUUGAAUGGAAAAAACCAGCAAGGGCAGUUAUUCAGUUAUUACAGUUAGC